AAAGUAAGCGCUUCAAAGGCAGAAAAGGAAAAUACCGCGUUGCCCUUUCACUUUGGCAUGUGUGUUGCACGAAACGGUAAAUAUAUAUAUAUAUAUUUAUAGAUAGAUAACGGAUACAUAAUGCAGUACGUUUCCAGCGCUCUGAGGGGGAGUAGUGGUGUUGGUUUACGAAAUACCGCCAGCUCUCUCUUCUGCACACGGCGAGGCAUUCGCACCGUGAUCGCCCCCCGCCCGGCCGUUACCACACUGCUUUACAUCGAUCGGAUGGGUCGUGGUGUGCGGGAUGGCUCGGAGACGGAUCUCUCCCUCAUCCGCACGCGUGAUAACAAAUUUUAUAUGCAACGCGUCUUGCCAGGAGGCGAGGUGGUGCGGUGGUAUGCCCCGGGGCUUGAGUACCUCAAGCACGUCACCAAUUUCGACACCUACUCACUGAACGAGAUCAACGAGAAUGGCGGGAUUGUCAUCCCCGCAGAUGUGUUACCCACCACCGCACACGAACCUCCGAGUUACCUUGACGCGAUUUACUACAUCAACAAACUCGAGGCGGUGAAGAAGUUCACGCGAAAGGAUCGCCGGCGGUGGCAUCGCAGGCUCUUCGCGCACUGGAAGGAAAGUCCGGAGAAGUACAUCAGCCACUCCGUCGGCACCUACGGCGUGGCCUCCCUUGUCAUCCUGUGGCUCGUCGUCCGGGGGUUUCACAGCAUCAAAAACGAAAAACCAUUUUGGGAUCCGGAUGUGUACAACAGCCGCGGCCGCACCGAGGCGGAGCGUCACCAGGCCGAUCCCUGGCUGAGGCUGAAGCGCUUUUCCGAUCGCCAUCCCGAGCACGAAGGGAUGGAUUUGACGAUUACGAUGAUGUCGCCCGCCCAGUCGAGGCUCUCCAGCGCGCGCGCGGAGCUACGUGAGAGUGAUUUUACCGACCCGCAUUACCACAGCGAGUUUUGGUGGAAGAUCCGGCACUGCCGGUACUACGGCCACUGGCCGAAGGGAAUAGCGGAGUGA